GUAAACGUAUAGCCGUGUUUUGGUGAGUAAAAAAUCGGUGCUCUUUCAUGGUACGCAUUCGAGUCUUCAACAUCUAGUCGUUGCUGAACCAUCGUCUUGUGAACAUCUCUGUUAACCUAACAUCUCUGUUGUCAGUUCUCAUAUAAAUCAGAAUGGCUCAAAUCACCAGACUCGCUAUCAUCAAAUUCUUGGAAUUGGCAAUAGUGUGCGUCCUCAUAGGACUGCACUAUCACUCAUUCAAUGCCGGAGAUCAACAUACUGCGAUGAUUACGAUGGGUACCUUUGGCGGAUAUCUAAUUAUUCUUGUAGGACUAUUCGCUGCUACUUUUCUGGGAUCACCAGUUGAUCGUCGUGUGGAUCUCUUCUUCUCUCUCGUCGGAUUCGUUCUGUUCAUCGUCGCUGGUGCUUUGAACAUCGACUUUUUCAUACACCUGACCUUCAAAGGUUCCUUCCGCACCACAGGAAUCGCAAAAGGUGUCAUCAGUUUAAUCGAGGGAGCACUAUUUCUCGUGGAUGCAUUUUUGACGUAUCGAGGAGAAUCUUAAAA